UCAACGCGACUUCCUUGACGGGCGAUAAUUGUGGUCUCUUCUGUUGGCCACGGAGCAACAUAGCUCCCGGGGAUACGCGCCGGUUCUGUCUCCUCUCUCAAAAUGUAGACUCGCUUUCCGCGAGGCGAGCAAAGAUCGAGCCGAGGCGCGUCCGCGAACGGUCCGAUCGACGAAAAAUCCCGGGCACGGUUCGGUGAGAUGGUACUUGGCUGUGAAGUGCGUGAAAUCUCGGUGAAUUUCUGUGGUCGAGGCUGUGGCGACUGAAACCGAGAGACCGGACGGACGUCGGCGUGGAAAAUCGACGCGAAGAUAUCGUCCGGUGAUCCUUGUCUUCGGUGGACUCGAUUAAAAUCGCACGGGCAAUCGCGAGGAUCGAUGUAGCUGUUAGGAUCCACUGUUCGUUUAACGGGCAAACAGAAAAAUCGACGAGCAGACGAUCCGGCGAGGUCGCGCUGCUCGAUAAAUGCAACUUGGUAGCUUAUAUUAGUAGCUAUUUUUACUGGUCUAUUUAAAGCGAUUAUCGCGGUUGAAUUCGAAAUUAUGAGGAGAUAAGUGGCGAAACGAGGAACCGCGGCGAGCGACGAUUCCGGCGGAGCGACUAGUUUUCCAGCGAGGAAAUUGGUGCGGCGAUCACGGCCAGGCCGCGGCUGAGACGCGCAUCGGCCCGAAAAGUCAAUAAAUCGUCGGGGUUUUCUCUUUUGUGGCGGGCGGCGGAGCGAUUCUUCGCGCGAUAAAUCAACGUCGAUUUCAUCCCCGCGCGGGCAUCAAUUACAAGACGGUUCGCGAAGACAUUAAUUUAUUAUCGGCAGAGGAACGUGAUAUCGCGAAUGAUCGGCGAGCCGGCGUCGCUCGGGACGUAACGCGGAAAACCGGACGGCGUUUCAGGUGAAAAGGGGAGGCCCCGCGAUCGGGUACCAGUUGAGCAGCUUUCGGCAGCGACGAAGAGAUGACGGACGAGCUGUUGUUCUCCGCGCUUGGUCUGACCACCGACGCGGGUGUCGGGCAACAACUGUUCACCACGGAUGCGAACACCCUAGAAUGCGACUUCGAGGCGUCGUCCUGCAGAACGACGCCGCGCAGCGACGACUCGGAGACGAUCGACAAUCGUAUCAACAACGUUACCAACCCCGUUGACUGUUACACGGAUCUGACUUGCCCGACGAAGAUACUUUGGAACGAGUGGUCGAACAAUACAUCCGCUUCUUCAGGGUGCUUGAGCGAACUGGGCGAGUUAGACUCAGAAUUGGAAUGGUGCCUAGAUAAAAGUUGGAACUCCGGACUUCCGGAGAGGACACCAUUGUGCACCGAGGGGUGCGAGGGUUUUCUACACUUGCCUCUGCCAAACCUCGAACAAACGUUCCAACGCGAGGAACCAUUAUGGGUGCUUGGGAUCGAUCUGAGAGCACUCGAGGAUACUUUGGAACCCAGCGGAGUAGAUUACAACAAUAAUCAACUGGAGGAGAAUCUCAUCUCAACAGCAGCUGCAGCCGCACUAGCAACUCACGACUACACUAACCGCACUUUGGCGAACGCGGCUGAAGACCGGUGCUUCCCUUGCACUUAUCAGGGAUGCGUGAAGGUUUAUGCAAAAGCAUCCCACUUGAAAGCUCACUUACGGCGUCACACAGGGGAGAAACCGUUCGCUUGUACGUGGACCGGAUGCGGAUGGCGAUUCAGCCGAUCCGAUGAAUUGGCCAGGCACAGAAGAUCCCAUUCCGGGGUGAAGCCAUAUCCGUGUGAAAUGUGCUCGAAGAGAUUCGCGCGCAGCGAUCAUUUGGCCAAGCAUCGCAAGGUGCACAGGAAAAACGCGUACCCGCUGUUCCACGGCGGCAGAGGACUACGUGGAGGAAAGAUGAACGUUCUACCGACGGAAAGUUAGCUAAUUCCAUCUGAACAAUUGCAUCAUCGCCAGAAGAGACGUCGAGGUAGUUUUCGUACGCGAUGUACUUAACCGAGAUUAUUAAAAAUCUCUUGGCGCAUCGAUGAGACGAUCAUGCGCCUUACGAACAGCUUAAGAAGACAGAUAAUAUUCUUAUACCGAUUAAUUUGAUACUGAGAAGCGACGCUGAGAAAAGAGAUUCAGACAAGCUACUUUUGUAGCAUCCUUUAGAAUAGUACGCGUUACUAGACUAGAAUACACAACAGGUCUUGAAA